AUGACGGCCCCCGACGAAACCGAGCCUCUCCUCUCGCCAACGCGGGAGGAGCAGCCCACCGAGAAUUCGCCUCUUCUUGGGGAUCGCGAUGAUCGACAUAGCGAGGUUGACGAGCAUGAAGAAUCCUCAGCCCAGCCUCAGUCUCAGGACAAUAAGAGCGCCCGGACAUCAUGGCGAUGGCCUUCGAUUAUCGCCAUGGCCUUCCUCGGCAUCCUUGUCAUUCUUAUUAUAAUCCUCGGCUUCCUUGUUCCUCCCGCUGUCAAAGAGUAUGCCGAGAAAGCCGCCGUCCUCGAACCGACAAACUUGUCCAUCGAGAAUAUCACGACCGAUGGAAUCCGGGCACGCAUCCGUGCAAAUGUCUACCUCGACGGCUCGCGUGUCGACAACUUGAACUCUCGUCGCAUCGGAAAGGCCGUUACUGGUAUUAUGCGAAAGCUCGAGACCAAGGAGACGACCGUCCGAGUCUACCUCCCCGACUACGCCGAAGCUCUUGCCGGCACCGCCGUUAUCCCUCCUUUGGUUAUCGACGUUGUGAAUGGACACAAUAAUGCACUGGACUUUGUGGCCGAGGUCAGCCCCGGCAAGGCCGAAGACAUCCGCAAGAUCGCAAACGACUGGUUGGAUGGCAAGUUGAAGCAACUCAAGGUGGUAGGCAAGACCCAGGUUCACCUCAAGUCGGGCAUCUUCCCGCUAGGAACCCAUGAUGUGGCCGAGUCCAUGGUUUUUGAAGCCAACAAGAUUCCGUCCAUGCCCGACUACAAGAUAGAACGUCUCGAUCUCCACGAUCGCCCGGUAGACGGCCACGGACGGAAAGUGAUUGAGGCAGACGUAUCCUUGACUGUGCACAAUGACUAUCCGGUGUCAUUUGAAGUCCCGACUCUCGGGUUUGAGGUCCUAGUUCCCAACUGCGACUCAUCACUGCCCUCUAUCAGUGUUGCAGACGCCAUUACCGACCCCAUUCACAUUCGUGCCAACAAGGACGUCAAGGCAGACGCCAAGGGAGUCAUCCGUGAUAUCCCAGAGUCCCUUACACGAGCGUGCCCUCACUCCGAGACCUCUCCCCUAGAUCACUUUAUGGAUCGCUACCUCCAUGGCGAGGAAGCCCAGGUCUUCGUGCGCGGAAAGAAACUCAAUGAUUCGGAUACUCCAGAAUGGAUCUCGAAUAUUCUCGAGAGAAUUACUGUUCCCGUCGAGUUUCCCGGGCGAUCAUUCGACAACUUUAUCCGCAACUUCUCACUAACAGAUGUCGACUUUAAGCUACCAGAUCCUUUCGCCGAUGUCAACGACCCAAACAGCCAACCUCGGGUCUCUGGAACGACACAAGUGUUGGCAGCUCUUCCGCCUGAGCUGAACGUUGAUCUGGCGGUCGAGAAGCUCCGCGCCAAUGCGGAUUUGUUCUACGAGAAGCGCAAGCUCGGCGAGCUCAACCUGCGUCACUGGGAAAAGGCGAACUCGACAAAGGUCCAAGACGACGCGAACGAUGAAGUCCUACUCAACAUCACCUCAAGAGUAGUCGACGUACCCUUGACAAUCACCGAUGGCGACGUGUUCAGCGAAGUGAUGCAGAAGCUGCUCUUCGGCGACGAGGAUCUCAUCCUCGACAUCAAGGCCGAAGUCGAUGUCCAAGUCUCGACCGUCCUCGGAAUCUUGACGGUCAAGAAGGUUCCCGCAGAGGGCAAGAUUCCAGUAAAACGAGUUCCCGGAGACACGCUCAGCAAGCUCAACCCCCAGGUUGGAGAGAUUGAGAUUGUCGAAACCUCGGAGACGGGUGUUCAGAUGAAGGGCUUCGUCAACAUCACCAACCCUACGCCAUACACAGCCGUGGUCCCCUAUUUCAACAUACAUAUUCUCCAUGACGGUCAAGUACUCGGAGAGGCUGUAUCCAGGAACGUCGAUUUCGGCCAGGGCGUGAACACAAACAUUCUCGUCCACGCAACUUGGGAUCCAACCCGUUUUGGAGGAGACAAGGCACAUGAAGUUGGCAGGAAGCUGCUAUCAGACUACGUCUCGGGCAAGAAUACCACCUUGACAGCAAGAACGCACAAGGGAAGCAUCCCAAGUAUACCUCUUAUUGGAGACGCUCUCUCCAAGAUCAACGUCACUCUCCCUACACCACGGAUACGAAUUCCAGGCGAGGACGAGAACGAAAAGCCUCGCUUCAUCGCCGAUGCCACCUUUCACAUCCUAUCAUCUACAGCCACCUUCACCCUGCUCUCACCUUUGCAGUAUAACACUCUUUAUAUCGAACACAUCAACGCCACCGCCUUCUACAACCACACCGAACCAGUCGGUCAGAUAAUCCACGACUCUCCCUUCCCAGCAACACCAGGUCGAUCCCAGACUCCGCGCCUCCCCGUGGAAUGGUCACCCGGGAGCGUGGGCUACGGCAAGCUUAAGGAGGCGCUGGGCGGAACGCUCAAGCUCGAUGCUGUAGCCAACGUGACCGUCAGGCUCGGGAGCUGGACCGAGAAUCUUCAUUAUCGGGGCAAGGGCAUCGGGGCAAAAGUCAGCCUCUAA